AUGAGGAAGCUCGCCGACCUCAUCAUGCCGCGGUGCGCUGACUGCGACGACGAGAAGCGCAAGAUCAAGGUGUGCGUGAAAGUUGCUGACCUCACGAACCUGCUCUGCGACGUGGCGGACUCUGCGGGCGACGGCCAGCCUACCGCUCCAGCACCGAUCAGCAAGGCGGAUGCGCUUGCCUGGCACGUUCAGUGCGCUGCCGACCUGGUGAAGGCCUUUCCAGAGAACGCCGAGACAGGCAACUUGAAGCUGGCUGUGGACAAGGCGAAGGAUAAGCUCUCCGAGAUGUUGGGGGGCGAGCUGGGCCAGGUCAAAGAGAUGCCGGCGAAGGCGGCGGGCUCCGUCCAGCAGCAGCUCAGCGCCAACGAGAUGCUGAAGGUCUGGCCAGAGGGCUUCACGGCAUCAUCUUGGAAGGAGUUCGCGGGGUUCGCGACGCCGAUCUUCGCUGAUCUGCAGGGCGACGCCCUCACCAAGAGCCUGUCGGACAUGUGCGUUGCCAUGAACAGGGCGAGCGUGCCCCAGUCGCAGUGGCAGGGCUUCAUGACGCCAGAGCAGCUGCUAGAGCUCACGGAUGCCAAGGCCAUCUUCGGGAAGGGCCACUGCGCGAAGUUGGAGGGCUUCUGUCUGCACCUCCUCGUGGACUCAUACGCCAAUCCAAUAAGCAUCAGGAAGCGCUUCGCCAGCGCCAUGCGCGAGUCGCAGGAGGAGCUCGCAGGUGGCAUCGAGGGCUUCAAGAUGACGAGCAGCCUCCUGCACCCGAUGAUCCAGAAACAGCUCGAGCAGAAGUCGGGCUUCAGUGGCGCUGCCAGCGGCGGCGCCAAGGCGAAGGCCAAGGAGUUCUGGUCCAAGAGCAUCACGGCGCAGAAGCUGGGCAGAUGGAUCCCGUAUUUCAGGGCGUGGGUGCUCAAUGCGAAUGCCAAGGCCAUCAUCUCAUGCCACUUCCACCACGACCUCAUCGGUCUCGUCCUCUCCACCCUGCUCGAGGCGAUGAUGGAGUUCGAGGGAGGGGCCCACCCAGUAGGUGUGGCCCCACGCGCGCCCGUGGAGAAGAAGCUAGCGGAGGAGGUCGGGAUGAGGGGCAAGCUGUAGGUAGCUCCAGUAGAUUCGACACAUACAUAGACUUAGAAAUUGUUGAUGAG